AUGACGUCGAAAUUUGCCGCGAAGAGACGCUCCAUGGCGUCUCCUGCCGCGGCUGCUGCUGCUGCUCCAGGCACCGCAAUAGCUCGCACCUUGCGUAUGGCACGUCAAUCUGGAAGUCUAAACUUGUCUUCGCGCGACUUGGUAUCUUUCCCUGACGAAGUGUUCCGCCUCUACGAGCAAUUGGACGACGACGAACGCAGUUGGGAGUGCGCCGUUCUCCGUAAAUUGGACCUGAGCUACAAUGACAUUGCAGAGAUCCCGAGUCAAGUAGAGACGCUCAAGUACCUCAUGAACUUCAAGAUGCGCCACAAUCACUUGCGACAAGUGCCAUUAGCGAUGUGGCAAGUGGGAACACUUACGCUCCUCGAUCUUAGCAACAAUGAAUUGGACGGAUGCUUGCCGGAAGAAUUGGGCAAGUUGCACAACCUGAGAGAGCUAGGGCUGGAAGGGAACAAACUGACGCAGUUGCCCGAUGCUCUUGGUGAUUUGGUUCACUUGGAGGUGUUACGGGUGGAGAACAAUUGUUUGACGAUGUUACCUUCGACAAUUGGUCGUCUUCAAAGUCUGAAAACGUUCUCGGCAUACGCAAACCAAAUUACGGAGCUGCCGUUAUCGUUUGGUGAGCUCACGAAUCUGCUGACGUUAGAUCUGAAGAAGAAUUGUUUGGUCACUACGCAUGACGCUUUUUGCAAGCUGGCAUCGGUCAAGUAUAUCGAUCUGCGUCAGAACAAACUGACAUUGUUUCCGACGCUUCCGGAGAACAAUGCGUGCUUAGAUCAGCUUUUUCUGGGUUUCAACAUGCUGCACGAGAUUCCAGGGCAUGUUGUCUUGAGUGUGAUGGAGUCGCUCACGGUACUCGAUGUGCGUGACAACAAACUACAACGGUUGUCGGACAGAAUUCCUCAGUUAUACAAGCUGAAGACACUGGACGUCAGCAAUAACGAUCUGCACGAUUUGCCAGCAGGAUUAGGCUAUUUGAAGCACCUCGAUCAUCUGCUCGUUGAGGGAAACCCUCUGCGCUCGAUUCGAAGAUCCGUCAUUUCAUCAGGUACUGAGCCGCUCAAAAAGUACUUGCGCACUCGCGGUGGACCGCCGAUAGGAGUCGAUGCGUUUGAGGAGGAGGUGGACGAGUUUACAAUACGACAAAGAGAAACAAAGCUAGAUGAACCCAUGCCUGAGGAAGCACCUCAAGAAGACGAAUAUCGAUUUCGCGACGCUGCCGCAUCGGGUAGUUUACAGCUCGUUGACAUGAACCUCCAGCACCUGCCCAGACAACUUCACGCCACGGGAAAGUAUCAUUUUGGGAAAUCUCUGCACCAGCUCGAUCUUUCCAAGAACUGGCUGCAGGAGCUUCCUGCAGCAAUCGGUGAUCUGACGUCCCUUCAUACGCUCACUGCGGUGCAAUGUGGAUUGAAGUCAGUUCAUCCUUCUAUCGCGGUGCUGCCGAGUCUGAAACACUUGCGACUCAGCAAAAACUCGCUGACAACAGAUGUUGUGAAUGCUAUGCUAGCCUCGGGUACUCAUGGUAAAUCCGUGUCUCUUACAGAGCUGGACCUCCGCAACAAUUUGUUGACAGAUAUUCCGCAAAACCUGCAGGAGUUGAAAUCUAUCGACACCCUCGUUCUCUCAUUCAACCGUCUGCGAGUGUUAGAUGGGUUUCCAUGGUCCACAAUGCACCAGCUGUCUGUGCUAAGCGUUGCUGACAAUCGUUUGGAGUCGUGCGGGACUGUUUACCAAGUGCCGAAGUUGACGUCGCUCUCUUUGGAAAAUAACGAGCUGCGCCAGAUUCCUGCAGAGCUUGCACUUUGCGAGAACCUUCGCGCCCUCUACCUUGCUGGUAAUCCACAGCGCGGAAUUCGGGCUCACAUUCUGAACAGCGGCACCGAAGCCGUAUUGAAGUACCUGCGUAGCAGGCUUCCUUCCGACGUUCCGCCGCUUGUCGUUGGUCAGGAGACACUUCGCUCUGUCAAUGGUGCAAAAAGCUCGAGCUGUGUCAACCAGAACGCCGAAGGAAUGGUUGACCAACCUGCAGUCGCAAGUACACCGAACACGCUUGAGCCAAAGCGACGUUGUGUCGAUUCGUCAACGUCAUCGUCGCGGCCACUGAUCCCAGCAACUCCAGGCACUGACAAAUCAUCGUUCAAGCCACCUCCUACACCUACACCUACUGAAGGCGCGGCUGAAACAAUGGCUUCGUCCGCCGCCGACGAAGUCCUAGCUGAGCUGAACGCUAAAAUCCAAAAACUGGAGCAGCAGCUGGACGAUUUCGCUGUUACAGCGGCGAAGCGCUUUGCACUGAAGAAGGACUUGGCUAUGACACGAUCGCUGAAAAUUCGUCACAUGCGCAAGAUUGGUCAGAAGACCUGA